AUGGCCGAGCUAACUACCACCUCAGACGAACCACGACGCUCCGGUCGCUCGACCAAAGGUCAGCACAAGAACCUCGACAUGAUCACCGAGACGCCCGCGAAGAAGAGCAAGGCCAAAGCUCAGCCGAAAGAAAAGCCCCCGAAGCCCUCCGUCGAACCGACGCCUGCUCCCAGCGAAGAAGAAGAAAUCAUUCGAUGCAUUUGCGGUGAAUACGAAGAGGAGGAGGACGUUGAGCGAGACAUGAUCUGCUGUGAUCGGUGCUCUGCCUGGCAACACAAUGAUUGUAUGGGCCUGACAUACGCGAAGGGGGAGGAACCCGACGAGUACUUCUGCGAGCAGUGCAAGCCCGAGAAUCACCCGGUGCUUCUACAUAAAAUCGCGCUCGGUGAGAAACCGUGGGAAGAGGCAGCCGAGAAGAGGCGCAAAGAAGCCGAGGAAAAGAAGGCAUCUCGGCGCCGAAAGAGCAAGAAGGGUGGCAGAAGGGGCAGACCGAGCGAGCCUAAGUCAAGGGCUAGCGAACCCAAGACGAGUGAACCCAAGACCAGCGAGUCCAAGUCGAGCGAACCCAGAGCUAGCGAACCCAAGGCUAGCGAACCCCAGGCCAGUGAACCCACGGCCAGUGAACUCAGGGCCAGCGAGCCCAAGGCAAGCGAACCUAAAGCCGCCGAACCUGAGACGACUGAGCCCGAGACGAGCGAACCCAAGGCGAGUGAGCGUAAGACUAGCGAGCCUAAAUCCGAGACGAGCAUACCAGCUCGCGCAGCAACAUCGUCAACACCUGCUCCAGCCUCCACUGUUUCUUCCUCCGUACCUGCUGCCCCUAUCGAACCAUCCCCAGCGACGACUGCAACGCCAGCCCCUGAGAAGAACGGCCAUGUUCCCGAACCGCAAUCGACAAGCGCCCAAAAGCGCAAGUUCGAUGAACACCAGGAGGUGCAAGCCCCCGAAACGGGACCCAAAUCGAAACAGCAGAAGAUGUCGCCCCCAGCGCCAGUGACUAAGCCUGCUGCUAAACCAGCUCAAGUGAAGAACGAGCCCAGUGCACAGCCUCCCCGGAAAGGUUCUGCCGUAGGAACAGCGGUCGCUGAUCUUACGCAUGCCACACGGAAGAGCGUUGCUAAUGCCCUGGUCAACUUGUUUGUAGGUCUGAUAUCUGAGGCCCAGAAGGAAGGGUCUUUCAAACUGCCCGAAGGAUCCCAAUGGAAGUCGGCGGAGGAAUAUGCUCGGCAGCUUGCUCUCUCGAUCGAGAGCGCUAUGUAUCAGAAUAUAUGCGGAGGAACUGGGGAUCCCUCAGAGGCGUAUAGGACCCAUAUGCGGACGAUCUUGUUCAACGUAAAGAAGAACCCUUCUCUACGGGACCGUCUGCUCGUAGGUAGUUUAUCUCCUGAUACCCUCUCUAAGAUGAGCUCGGAAGACAUGGCAAGUGAGGAACUCCAGCAGAAGAAUGCUGAGAUCAAGCGGGAAGCCGAGCGACAGCAUAUCAUCGUGCAGGACCAAGGGCCUCGCAUUAGACGGACCCAUAAGGGUGAAGAGUUGGUGGAAGACGACAACCACCUGGUCGCCAGCGAACCGGUCUUCUCGACCGCCGCCACGCGACGCAAUUUGGCUGAUGCAGAUGGCAGUUCCGCUGGCCAGAGCCCGACGACGCCCGGGCCUGAGACUGAUGGCUCUCGAAAGCCCUCAGCAUCACAGGACGUCGACACCAAGAAGGCGGACGGCGUGUCUACUCACCAUGACCACUUUCCCGCGCGGGCCCAUUCCCCUGGUGGCACCAGCCACGAGCAGGUGUUCCCUGAAGUCUCCGCUCAUAUCCGUGAGCAGUUGCCCACCGGCAGGGCUCAGGCCGAUGCAGAGAUCGAUCAGCUAUUGCGAGACGACGAGCCCGACUCGCCGCCCUACUCGCCCAAGGACUUUCACGAUGAAGGGUCCAUCUGGCAUGGCAAGGUGGUCAUGAACCCGAUUGCCGAGUUCUCCUCCUUUGCAAAGCAUGUUGGAGGAGCGGACCUCAGUGGAAGGAUCCCCUGGAGCCAGCUUGCUCCGUCGACAUUGCUGAUUGACGGACGAAUUGAUAUUCAACUAGCCAGCAAUUACCUCUGCGGCCUGCGAUUCAGUUCCUCUACCGAUGUGACCGUCAUCUCUAUCAGCCGUCCCGAGUCGCCCAAGGAACGGGUAGGUUUUGACAAGCUGUUCAGCUACUUCCAGGAUCGCAAGCGAUACGGCGUGGUCGGCAUGCAUCCACUGCCUGCCGUCAAGGAUACCUACCUCAUCCCUAUCGAGGCUGGCUCGACUAAGAAGCCGGAGUUUAUCGAGCUCCUCGAGAACAAUGCCCUUGAAGAUCCAACACCCGAACGGGUUCUCCUCGUGGUCUUUGCCGUCAAGACCGGCGAUUCGAACCCCCCAUCAGUGCAGCCUCCUUCACACAUCCCGAGCCAGGAGCCCGGUACUUCUGCCAGUCCGCUGACCGUGGCCGCGGCAACACCUCAGCAGCCGCAUUUUCUGACCCCUGGGACGCAUGCGGCGGCCCAGUUCACACCGACCCCGGCAUCAUCAUAUGACGGAGCGUCUCAGACGCAUAUUCCUUAUGGACAGCAAGUUCAACAACAGCCUCCACCAGCAGCUCCCCAAUUUGGUCAGUUCCAACCUUCAGGACAGCCCAACCAGACCCCUCUCACCGGUCUCGCCGCAGCAGUGCAGGUAUUGGGCCCUCAGGCCAAUUCUCCUGCCAUUCAGCAGCUGCUACAUCAAGCUCCCAAUGCAGAUGUCUCCCAGUUGAGCGUGAUCCGGGAUAUUUUGCUACGACGGCCCGAAGCCGGCUCCGAUUACAAGAUGUUGAUGGAUGAGUUGUUGAUAGCAACGACGACCAACGGUCACGGUCCCUAG